AUGUCUAUUCCGUCGGAAUGCACUGUGCUGGUAGUGGGCGGUGGGCCUGGGGGGUCGUAUGCUGCCUCGGUGCUCGCGAGAGAAGGGGUUUCUACCGUCUUGUUAGAAGCUGAUUUGUUUCCUCGCUAUCACAUUGGCGAGAGCCUGUUGCCAUCGACGCGGGAAUUUCUAAAAUUCAUUGACGUGUAUGACAAGUUCGAAAGCCAUGGGUUCAAACACAAGAAUGGAGCUUCAUUCAGCUACAAUAGCAAGCCAGCAGCAUAUACAAACUUCCUUGCAUUUGGUGGACAUGCUUGGAACGUGAUCCGCUCCGAGUGCGAUCAAAUUCUUUUCGAGCACGCUGGAGCUAGCGGAGCCAAGAUAUUCGACGGAGUCAAGGUCAAUGGGAUUGAUUUUGAACCAAGUGGCUGCCAGGAAGACCAUGACAAUGCCAAGUUAGGACGCCCAGUGUCUGCUUCAUGGAUACGCAAGGACAAAAGUGCCAGCGGCACGAUUCACUUUAAGUACCUGGUGGAUGCAAGUGGACAAGCCGGUAUGGUCAGUACCAAAUACAUGAAGAAUCGGAAAUAUAACGAAGGUCUCAAGAAUAUCGCGACUUGGGGCUAUUUUGAGAACGCUGGAGUGUAUGGCAAGGGAACUCCCGCCGAGGGGGGACCCUUCUUUCCCCGGCUUAAAGAUGGAAGUGGCUGGGCGUGGUUCAUUCCUCUCCACAACGGCACAACCUCUGUUGGUCUGGUCAUGCAACAAACCAGCUUCACUGCCAAGAAAAAAGCAAUGGAGUCACCGAGCACGCGUGAAUUCUUCAUGCAGCACGUGCACGAUGCUCCAAUGAUUUCAGAACUGCUGGAAGGUUCCAAACUCGUGUCAGACGUCAAGUCGGCUACGGACUGGUCGUACAGCGCCCCGACCUAUGCCAGUCCCUAUAUCCGUAUUGUUGGAGAUGCAGGGUGCUUCAUUGACCCACUCUUCUCCUCGGGUGUUCAUUUGGCAUUCACUGGGGCGCUCUCUGCUGCCGCCUCCAUCUGUGCAGCAAUCAGGGAGGACUGCACCGAGCAGACGGCAGUCGAUUGGCACACGGAGAAGAUUCGCGAGGCGUAUACACGAUUUCUGCUUGUGGUUACUAGCGCAUAUGCGCAGAUCACUGGACAGGAGCGUCCGGUCUUGAAUGAGUAUGAUGAGCAAAAUUUCGAUCGUGCUUUCAGCUUCUUCCGGCCUAUUAUCCAAGGGACGGUGGAGGUAGGCGGAGACAAGCUGAGUCCUCAAGAUGUGGCAGACUCGGUGGAAUUCUGCAUGCGAGUGAUUCGGAAGGUUGAUGGUACUAAUAAUCUGACUCCGAAUGGAAACCAGAUGGGUGCAGAUGAACGUGGCGAGUUGACCUGCGAUCGCAUCAAGAAGGAGGAGCUGAAGUCGGAUCUCAACAAAUUCCGUGCUGACGUGGUAAAUGGGAUGAUUGUCAACCUUGAACAGGGAGCUUUGGGUGCGCACCUUAAAUAUCUCUGGGAAACGGUUGUGCCGCACUAUGCUACGUCCCACGACUAUGUGAUGGAUAGCAUACUGGCUAUAGCCGCUCUUCAUAUCGCAUCAGCCAACCCCGAAGACUCACAAGCCUACAUGUGCUCAGCUCUGGACUACUACACCCGAGCUCUUGCGGGCUCGCGCGCGAGUAUAGCCUCUGGGAAUAUGCAGGAUGCUGAUGCUUGCGCUGUCUGCUCGAUUUGCAUUCUGGUUGCUGCGACGGCCUACUCGAACAAUUCGCAGGAGAAAAACGCCAGGGACCCACUCGAUGACAUUCUUGAGAAACGUAGGAUUCUUAAGGGUACCAGAUUCUUUAUGCGGGGGCUGGAUAGGGCUUCCAUGCAUCCGCUGCUUGAAGAAUGGUGCUUUGGUGAUAUCGAUAAGGGCGAAGACGUGCAAUUUCUAGAGGAGCUCGAUCCAAAACUGGAAAGCUUGCAUGGAGAAAUCGUAGAGAGACUCGAGCAACUAGGCCCUGAGUUGGAAAGUUCGUUUCCUCCAGAUAAAGAGGUUCUCAAGACCGCACACCGGCUCCUUAAGGAUGCGAUUUGUUAUUUGCCCGUAUACGCAGGACUGAUGAAUUGGUCUCUUGAAAUCAGCGAUGAGUACAUCCAGCUACUCAAGCAAGCCCGCAAGAACGGGAACGAAAACGAACACGGAACACGCAACACGCAACACGCAUAA